UUCGAGGAGCUCAGUUUCGUCCGAAGAAUUUGAGGAAUUAGAGAGGAAUCACCGUAACAACAAACAACGACGAGCACAUAACAGAUCCAAUCGGACGAGUCAUCCUUUGGUCCUUCUUUCAUCCGGUCUUUCCGGGCCAACAAGACGCGACCGCUCGCCUCGUUCGCCGAAAGUGCGAGAAAGAAGACAACGUGCGGCUGGAAACAAUGGGCCGCCGCUCGCUCUUAGUCAACUCUACGCGCUCCAUUCGCUCGCAUCUCGUACCCUGAGGAGGACCCAAGUGGCCCAGUGUUUCUCGGAGUACGUAUUACCAACGGCCACGCGUUGCCUGAAGCUCACAGCGGCGGCGGCGGCGGCGACAACGAUGACGACGACGAAGCAGGGAACGAAUACUGCGUGCGAGCGAAAGGAGGGGGCAAGGUAUCGCCAAUGACCGGUCGACCAGGAGCAACUUCAGUCGUUCCGCGGAGCGCAAGCAGUCGAUAUUGUGGAGCGUCGGUGCUCGCGCGCGAGGAUCAUCGUGUCCGUCGGAGUUUCCGCUGCAAUUUUCACCCUCACGUGCGCGCGAUCUCCCCGAGCAACGUCGCCGAGAACCGCGAGGCCAGGCGAGGGACGGAGAGCGGAGAGGGCUGGAGGAGGAAGAGGAGAAGAGGCGAGAAGCCACCUCGCCGGAGUUGCGUUCGACUCGACGCGUCGCGCGGCUGACUUCAGUGCGACAGCACCGUCUCGUCGGAAUGGAACGCGGCGCGCUCGCGAGGUGUGCGUCGUUGUGACUUUGUGACAUUGUGACGUUGUGACUCGGCGUCGGUGACAAACACUGAGUCGUCGGGUUUACGCGCGCUCGCCGCGAAGAAGAGCGCCCGCUCCCGCGCGGCCUCGGUUCGCUACGGUGAGAUCGUCGGUACGGCACGCUAAGAGAGUGAAAGAGAGAGAGAGAGAGAGAGACGUGGAGCGUGAAUUUCUCUCGCGUCUACACGCGCCAUUCUUACGAUACUUGCGCGGCUGUAUCGUUGGACGUCGGUUACGAGUGCGCGUCGUCGUGCGAAGCGAGCGCGUGAAGUCGUCGGCCGUUUCGUCGUGAAUCGAGAAUCGCUCUCGCCGCCGGCGAUCUCGGGGGAUCCGCGCGCGGGCGGAGGGGGCGACGACGCGCUGGAGAUCGCGGUCGAACGUGAAUCGAUCGGGCAGUGAUUAACCGUCAGUGAUCGCUGGUGCCUGAGGUUCCUUGGUUGGUGAUCUGUGAGGGGGUACCUGGCCGAGGAGAGCGGCGGAGGGUAGGAGAGGAGUCACGCGGCCGGCGGGGGGCCUCUGUGUGUCGCGUGAAGUCGGCGGAACGUCGCGCCGUACAGUUUGGUGCUCCCGAGGGGAACCGGAAGCCGCUAUAUUGGAGAAGAAGCGGGAAAGCGGCGUGCCGCUCUUCUGUGUGCCGCGGCAGAGGCGUUCGUCCCAGCCCGAGAACAAUGAAGAGAUGAUCGCGAGCCUGCCAAUCAACGGCGGCGGCGGCAGCGGAGGCCCGGUGAGCCGUGUGGGUCGUGGAUUGGCCUUGCAUAGGUCCAACUCCAGUUUGGAGCUCCCGCAUAGUCCGGAUCCCACGUCCCGGGUGCCAGAGACUCCUCUGAGGAGGGAGUAUGGAUCUCACGGGAGUAUCGACAUAGUGGCUCAGUCUGUCACGGCCGGCGAGAACUUCCUCGCUAUACUGCAGGACUUCCGACCGCCGGAACAGCGCGGCGGGGUCACCGGCGACUAUCUGCGUCGCGUUCACCAGGACGGAGCCCAGCCGCUCGUUGACGUCGACGAGGUCUGCGGCCCGACCGGCGCCGGCUCUAGUCCGAAGUUGCGGCUCAAGCUGAACAGACUGUGGGGCAGCAAGCCGCCGCGAGCGAUGGAGGAGACGUGCACUAGCAGCACAAUGGUGUCGGCCGACGUGGAGGAGCGGCAUCGAAGACGAGCGUUCGCCCACUACGACUGUCAGUCGCUCACGGCGAACUUGGGCUACGCCGCCAAGCUCCGCGGGAUCCUCUUGGCCAGGAGAAGAAACACAGCUACCGGUGCGUCCGCCGCCAGCGCACUGAGAGCCUCCACCCCCGACGAAGCUCCCGAAGAGGACGCCGGUGAUGGGAAAGGUAACGACUUGCUGGAGCCGUGUCCCUUCUUCCGCAACGAGAUCGGCGGCGAGGGGGAACGCGAGGUCGGUCUCACUCGCUGCUCCCACGGCAACGGGAUUCAUAGACCGUCACUAUCCUACGGGGUCUCCGUCCUGGAGCCGCAGCCCGGCGAGACCCUGUGGAAGCACACUUGCCCGCUGCAGAAGCGGUCGCUUCCCAUCGAGAGCGUCGACGAGGGGGCCCAUUAUUACCGGCGAUACUUCCUCGGACGAGAUCAUCAAAACUGGUUCGGCAUGGACGAACAGCUGGGUCCGGUGGCCAUCAGCAUCCGCAAGGACGUCAGUCAGUACCGCGUGAUCGUGCGUACGUCGGAGCUGUUGACACUUCGUGGUUCCGUGCCAGAGGAAGCUCUGGGGAUCAGGCUCCAAGGGGGUCGGCCGCCCACGAGGGAGCUCCUGGAGCUGGUCGCGCCGGAGGUGCAGUUAGGGUGCUUGAGGCUCGGCACGCCCGCCGCCGAGGAAGCGCUGGCGAGAUUGGACGAGCAAGGACUGUCCAACAGGUACAAGGUCGGCGUGCUGUACUGCCGAUCCGGCCAGAGGACCGAGGAGGAAAUGUACAACAAUCAACAUGCCGGCCCAGCCUUCCUGGAGUUCCUGGACACCAUCGGCCAAAGAAUAAGACUGCGAGGAUUCGAGGGUUACAAGGCCGGUCUAGACACCAGAACCGACUCGACGGGUACGCACGCGGUAGCGGCUACGCACCGAGGGGCGGAAGUCACCUUUCACGUGUCCACCAUGCUACCCUUCACGCCUAACAACCGUCAACAGCUGCUGAGGAAGAGGCACAUCGGAAACGACAUAGUCACGAUAGUAUUUCAGGAACCCGGCGCACUGCCGUUCAGCCCGCGGAGGAUACGCUCCCAGUUCCAGCAUGUAUUCAUCAUCGUGAGAGCCAUAAAUCCUUGCUCCGACAACACGCAGUAUAGCGUGGCAGUGUCCAGGAGCAAGGAGGUGCCCAUCUUCGGGCCGCCUGUACCGCAGAGCGCCACGUUCGCGAAGGGAAAGGCAUUCGCCGAUUUUAUUCUGGCGAAGGUUAUAAACGCCGAAAAUGCAGCUCACAGGUCCGAGAAGUUUGCGACCAUGGCCACCAGGACGAGGCAGGAAUACUUGAAGGAACUAGCUACCAGCUAUUCCUCCACCACCGUCGUCGACACGGGCCAGAAAUUCUCGAUGCUCUCCUUCAGCAGUAAGAAGAAGACGACAGUGCGGCCGAGGCUCUCCUGCGAUGCGUCUCAGCGUGGCGCGAUUUGCUGGCAAGUCAUACUGGAGGACAGCAAUCAGAACACGGAUUGUUAUCUAGGAAUAAGCAUAGACACCAUCGUGCUGAUCGAGGAGCACUCCAGACAAAUAGUAUUCGUCACUCCGUGCGUGAGCGUGCUCGGAUGGCACGCUCAGACCAACAGUUUAAGAUUGUAUCAUCAUCAAGGCGAAUGCAUUACCAUACACGUACGCGGUGAUUACGGCGAGCGGGACGAGUUAAUGGAAAUUGUGGCCCGGCUGCGCGCCGUAACUCAAGGCGCGCCGGCCUCGGAGCUGUCGCUGAAGAGGAACAGCCUCGGACAGUUGGGCUUCCACGUUCAGCCGGAUGGCGUCGUGACGCAGGUCGAAAGUAUGGGGCUGUCGUGGCAGGCGGGCUUGAGGCAGGCCUCCAGGCUGGUCGAGAUUUGCAAGGUGGCCGUGUCGACCUUGAGUCACGAUCAGAUGGUCGAUCUGCUGAAGACCAGCGCCCAAGUCACCGUCACCGUCAUACCGCCGAACAACGACGGAAACCCCCGGAGAGGCUGCUCUUUGCAAAACUGCCAAUAUCUAUCGACUAAUUACGAAGGGGAUUACGAAAACGUGACUAGCGCGGAUAACACGCCGAGCCAGCAAACGGCAAUGUCGCAUCAGAGACGAUACGACCGAUCGUUCAGCCCACCGCGGUCGAGCAACAGCUCCGGGUACGGUACUGGAUCGAGCUCUAGAUCGUUCAACGAUCCACGGUUUCCGUUGGAGGGUACAAUGACUAGCAGCAGUAGCGGACACAGUAGUGCCGAUGAUCGUUGGUACGAGCUCCUAGAACCGCAGGAUCAGGACAGCGGCGGGCAUCGCGCGGACGGUACGCCGCCGCCGUUACCAGCGCGACAGAGUUAUCAAGCGGUGACGCCCAACAAGACGCCCGCGUCCGCCCAGAAAAAGGACAAGAGUUGCCAUUACAUCAGCGCCAAACAGCUCGCGGACAGCUCGAAGCAUCGCGAUCACGUUCACGAGCAUUAUCUGAAGGAGAGCAACUACGUGUCGUCGAAGAUCCUCCAAGAGAACGCACGUCACGAGAAUUAUCAGCGGCAGCUGGACAACGCGCAUCGCGGGCAGGAUCAUGUGACGACCAACUAUGUGAAAUUGCAGAAGGAGAGGUACGAGAUCAAGCAGGAGAAUCUCUACGCUUCUCAGAGAGAGCUCCACAAGAACGACGCGCAGCACCACAGUCAUCAGAAGCUCAGCGCGUCGAAUUCGCUGCCGUUGGCGCACAACGCCGUGUACAGUCUGCCAAAGUCGGGCAGCAACAACAAUCUCGGCAGGUACAACGAGUACGAGCAGUCCGGCGGCAAGUACGACUACGAGACGUCGAAAGCGGACAGGAGUUCCAAGUACGAACUGCAGGAGGAAAAGAUGAUGGAACGAUCGGUGGUCAAGUACGAGCACGACGUACGGAGUCACGAGAAGAGGCUCGCCUACGAGUAUGCCGAAGACGUCUACGAGAGAAGGAACAGCAAAUACGAUAUGGAGCUCGCCAAAUACGAGAUCGAGUGUCAGCACGUUAACAACGAAAGGAAGCACAACGACAACGCUGGCGAGCACAAUCGCGAGUCCAUCAAGUACGAGAUGCCGCACGACUUCAAGGUGGGCGAGAAAGUCACCUGCCUGAAGACUACCAUGUCGGAGCGACCGGUGCCGCACAAGGUGAACGUCGAGUACCGGCAGACCAAGGACUUCCCGACCAGCCUGCCGCCAGAAGUGAGGAUACCGGAUGCCGUCAAUUGUCCGGAGGUCGCCACUCUGCCCAGCGAAGACGAGCUGUCGAACGGCUCGGGCAGCGUGUCGCCCAGACUGCGCCGCGCCAACAAGCAUCGUGGCGGCAAUCGCACUCCAUCCAGCGGCGGCUCGAGGAACCAGAGUCCUCGGCCUAAGCCGGGUAUGAGGAACGCGCAUAGAAACUCUGCGAACUUGACGUCUAGCACUCUUCAGGAGGACCUCAUGAGACUGAUUAAUCCCGACUACAUCGCCGACGACAGUCAGAUCAUCAACAACAACCUCGUGAACAGCGUGAUGAGCCCCAAUCAAAACUCGAACAAGCUGAACAACAAUAUGCUGGAGAUCCAGAACCGGUGCAGAUCCAGGGAGAAUCUGUGCGGCAACAGCGCGUCCACCUUGAGCGUGUUGCCCGCGAACGGCCAGGAGAACGGGAACAACGGGUCGGAGGUGAUCCUGACGAUGGCCAGACCAGCGACGGUGAUCUCCAAUGCCAGCACUGCCUCGAGCCCGGCGCUAAGCGAAAAUAAAUUAUCGAAAGAGGAAAGAUUAUCACCGCGCGUCACGAAACCGCUUCAUCCCAUCUCGAAAGCGCACAGUAAUCUAACACCGAUCAAGGACGUAAAGAAUCACAACGACACGAACGUGGAUUGUUGGAAGAACCAACACACGGAUUCCAACAGAUCAAAGCAACAUCCUCAAGAAUGGUCGGACGACAGGCUGAUCGAUGGUAACAACGCGAAUGCAAAUGUCUCGGACCUGCAGUCGCAUCUGUCCACUCUCGAGCAGAGAAUGGUUAGGGAGACGCGUCUGCGACUGUCGUUGGAGGACGAGGUGCGUCGGCUGCGCGACGAGAAUCGACGUCUGCUCGAAUCCGAGAGCAUGCGGCAGUCCUUGGAGGACGAGAACCGCCGUCUGAAGGACGAGAAUCACGCGGCCGCGCAGCAACUUCGACGUUUUACGGAGUGGUUCUUUCAAACGAUGGAUCAUCAUCACGAGUGAACACAGUCACGGGCAUGGGAUAACACUCAGCGUAAAGAGGCCAGUUUGGAGUGUUUCGUUGUCCAGUGAGAAAUCGUUUCGAAAGUCGGAUCGUCACGGCGAUCGGGGUAUACAACGAUAGCCAAGAAGUGAUACGACGUAUCUACGAUGAAAAUGAUAAUUUUCGGACUUUUAGUUCAGAGUAAAAUGCAUUUUCAGAAUGAUCUUUUCAUUUUUUUUUUUUUUUUUUUCCAAUUUCAGGCAUACACUUGAUUUCACUUGGUUUCAGUAGAGUGUAAGCGUUUUUUUCUCGAUGCUUGUUUAGCACGCAGCCGAUGCCCAAUGAGAGGAUUUAACUUUCGGGAUUAAUAAAAAAAAAUACGUUCUCUCAUCGCUUCAAAAUGCACGAAGAGUGUUAGAAAGGCAGAGUGUUUUGAAGGCAAAUACACAUCCGGCACCGUGGAUGCUUUACCGCUCAGGGGUUACUGGAAGACGUUUGCUUUGAAGACGUUCCUGCUUUCUUGAUUAACCAAUGUUCAUUGGAAACGUAUAACUACAAACAAAUGUGACUGAUUAAAAAUGUUUAGUAAGCAUCUAUCUACUGCUUGAGAUAAGUGUCUUCCGUCUAAUGCCAUGCGUACGUAUCACUUCUUAGUCAUCGAUAAGCUUGUCGACUUCUCAGUAUCUCGGAAGGAUUGUGCUUAAGGGAGAGAGAAGAGAGUAAAAUAUGUGUGCGUAUCAUUGCUGUUAAGGCACGAACUCUCGGUGGUUUAUCUCUAUUAUCUCGUUGGAACGAUUGCAUUUAUUUCGUUCGUGUUUUUAACGUUGUCAGCUGCCCGAAUUAGGGCACGAUCUUGGUAAGUGCAGUAUUAACAUUACCUUCGUCUGAACAUGAUGUAGAUGUCGCGGUAAAUCGUCCGCGAACGGUUGCGACGCGGGCGAAGAAAAAUCGCCGCUCGCGCGACGACGCUUUGUAUCAUAUAGACUCGUUAGGCUGUUCGGACUGUAAAAUAUAAGUUACCAUCGUAACGAGCCUCUCCCGCGGGAGGGACUCGUACGUUGACGACAAAAUUGUUUGUAGAUCGUGCGGCGAAGGAACGAUACACGAUUACGUGUCGUAUGCGUGUGUGUGCUCGAUGUGCCGGGCGCGCGCUAAAAGUAUGAAUUAACGUUUAACUCUACACAAAAACGACCAAAUGACCAAAUAUUACUAGAACGCUAAGGUCUUUUACUUUAAUUCUGUAAUUUAUUACGCCUUUUGUAUUAAUCGAUCAAUGGAGCGUUCACGUGGACGCGCGUUUGAUGCCGCUGAAGCGAACACACUCGAACAAGGCGCGAGACGGUGUUCUCGCCUCUUCUCGCCAGGAAUUCCUCAAGUCCUCUGUAACAGCAGGAUAUGAUUUCGACAUAACGUACGAGAGCGCGGCGCUCACUGAAAACUGUAAUUCAAUCAAUAAAGAGAAAUGCGUACUUCAA